AUGCAACAAAAGGGAUUCGACGAGAUCCCGGCGGACCUACCGUUCGCGGAGAUGGUGUUCACGGUGGAACGGGCGCUAACUAAGCAAAUCUCCUGCUCGUACAGCUACGAGCAACUGCAGGACGCAUCUCAUAACGUGGUGGGUGUGUUUGUGGAGUCGCUGAGGAAAGAGACACAAACGAAUCCCGGAAUUGUGGCUGCACUGCUGGUGGCGCGCAUGCGACUGAGCGGUGGAUCGCGUGACGUACUUUCUGGCCGAGUAUGUAAGACUCGUGCUCUUGUUGCCGAACUGAUUGCCGAGCGCUAUAUCGAGCGUCUCAACACUGAGAAAGAGCGGCUGAUGUUUGUGGUUUAUGAGGCGGUGGAGGAGGAAGGUGCGGAUCAACACAGGCAUGCCGCCAGUCGCAAUUUUGAAUCUGAGAGCCUGAAUCAAGAUGGGUAUACGAGUUUCCACAGCGAUAUUGAGGAUGUUGAGUAUUUCAACGACGGCAAUGAGCGCUUUGACACGGGAAAUGAAGACUAUGGCGCCGACUACGGUUCCUCUGACACAAGUUUCGACCCUGACAAUCCUGGACCAAAUCCCAAGUAUUUUCACGACGAAUACAUGUACCAUACUACAGCCCUGGAAUUGGCAGUAUACUCUUCGGCAAAACACUUUCUGGCAAAUCCAACGAUUCAGCAGAUUCUCAACGAUAUCUGGACUGGCAAGAUUGUUUUUUGGAAAGACAUCAACUCUCAAUCUCACAAGGAAGCUCUAAUAUACCCUACCUGCUAUGUCCUAGCUACUAGACGCAUUCCAGACGCGUACACGAGGUUGCGAGUUCCUCGAUACCGCCAAUUCUUCAUGACGAUCAAUUACAUUAUACUUCUGGGUCUGUAUUUCUCUUUGCUGUUCAUACAGAAGAAGGCGGAUGACUAUUUUGAAAUGAACUUCACAUUCGUUGAAGUUGUGCUGGAUCUGUUUUUUCUCGGGUUUGUGGUGGAGAAGAUUGCUCAGGAGGGUGACCGGUACUGGUCUACCUUUGAUUUGUUGGUGAAUCUUGACUUCGUCGUGUUUCUGGUGCUUAGAAUCUAUGCUUAUGUCAUCAACGAUAUCUGGCUCACCAAGUUAUCUUUUGAUGUGUUAUCUCUAGAGGCCAUCUUGCUGUUCCCUCGGGUAUUUGCUCUGCUCUCCAUCUAUCCCUACUACGGCAUUCUUCUACCAUGUCUCAAAACUCUGACCAAGGACUUUGUCAAGUUUACCACCAUCAUUGCUAUUUGCUACUUUGGUUUUCUGACAACUUUUGCAUUCCUUGGAAGAGGCGAUUUCACCACCAACGAAAUGUUCUGGUUACUGGUGAGAGUCUUCUUCGGAUCCUCUUUUGCCGGGUUCGACGAAGCGCCCAAAAUACAUCCCAUGUUCGGGUCUCUUCUCAUGCUUGUCUUUGUCAUGCUCACCAAUGUUUUGCUGUUGACAGUUCUCAUUUCCAUUCUUUCAACCCGGUUCUCGAAAAUGAUGAACAAUGCCCGAGAAGAGUAUACAUUGUUGUUUGCAGAAAGUGUUGUGGAGGCAACCAGUGAUCGAGUCACCUACUUGUACCCUCCCUUGAACCUGCUUCCGCUGCUGCUGCGUCCUCUGAGACUGUUUCUCACGAAAACCCAACAGCGACGAGUGAAGAUUGUCACUCUCAAGCUCACCCACUUUCCUCUCGUCUUUCUCAUCUGGUCGUUUGAGAAUUUCGUCGUGUUUUACCAUAGACAGAUGAACCGAAGGGCCAAGAAGUUGGCGGAGAAGAGAUGGGUCAAAGCGAGGAGGAGAGUGUAUGUGGAAGAAGAGGGAGAGGGGUUGGGGGAUGGAAUUGCGGUUGGUGUUAGAUGGUGA